AAAUAGAAAAAAGUAUUUUGGUCCACCUUCCUUCUUCUAUCGUCGUUGUCUUCCUUCCUCCAUCGUGUUAGGGUUUCCACUUUGCAGAGUUUCAAUUUACUCUCAUUAUCAUAUCGCAAUUCCUCCGUGUUUCUGUUUUGAUAACUCGUAAAAAUCCUACUCCAUAGCACCAUAUCUCGUUCCCUGAAUACUGAUUUUGAACUUCCCCUGAUUUUUUUUUCAGGGAAACAAAUUAUUGCCCCUUCCUCUCUUUUCCAAUCAUCUCCAGUGAAAAAAAAAAACAAUACAAAAACUAUAUCUGAAACUUAUUGGGGAUCAGGUAUUGGGAGAUGCCUCGAGACUUGUCGCGAUCCCGAUCACCUCCCUAUAGGCGGAGGCAUUCACCAUCUCCUGUGGGACACAGGUAUAGCAGGAGGAGCAGAAGAGACAGAAGCAGAUCUCCUUAUUCAUCCUACUCUUACAACAGGUGACCCCGUUCAUAAGUUUGUUUUUGCUUAUGAUAUAUUUUGUAUCGAGUUAUGAUGAAUUGGGGAUUAAUGUUUUUACAAAUUUAUUUGUUAUGUAACUUAAACCUUUUAUUUAUCUAUAUUUUGUUGCUGUUCUCUUUUAUAAUGUAAUUGUAAACUGUACUCUUUGGACAUACCAAGGAGGCGAGGACAUUAAACAGUUAUAGACUUAUAAUAUUUUAUAUCUACCAAAUUAGAAUUCUGGAUUAGACUUGAACUUGAGAUCAUGGCGAGGGUUAUGUUAUUGGCUUGGGCAUAAUGUAUAAAACAAUGUGUUUUAGUGACCUUUUUUUUCCCUUUCCAUUAUGUUAAUGCUGUAUUUAGAUGUCAUUUAAAAAAAAUAUUUUCUUUGUUUGAGUAUUUUUCUAGAACUGACUAUUUUUUUGUUUGAAGAAAUGAACAUGACAUUUCCAGGAUUACAGAGCUAUGGUAUUUUAAUGACCAAAGCACGUAGGUUGAAGUUGAAUCACAUGGUUGAUAAUGCUAGUUAUUUAUGGAUUGUUAUUUAAAUUCAAUAUCUACUUGGUAUUUGCUUAUGAUUCACCUCCUUUUUUGUACAUGCUCAAGUGAACAAGAAUGGACAGUUAUAUUUCUGUUAUUAUGCUGUUUGUCUUUUUCUGUUAAGCUCCUUGAGCCAAUCAACGAGAUACAUACUGUUUUUGCUGGAUGAUUGAUAUUGAUAAUAUUCAAGUAUUUGAUGGCCUUGUCAUAAGUAUCUGGUGAUGGUGUUGCUGACUUUGUAAGACUUUGUAUUGAGUUUCUUUCUUUUGUGGGAUUUCCUACUUAUAUGUGGAGGCAGAAACUCAUCAAAAUAACACAUAUAGAGCUUAAUUUAGAGAACAAGAUAGGAUAUAUGCUAUUUGUAACAAAAUAAAAAAGAUCAGUUUUUUCCCAUAACAUGGGAAGUGAGGGAUAUGAACAGGUGAUGGGUGCUGAUAGGGUGUUUUUUCAUUGCUCGAUUGUGACAUUUGCUUCUUCAUGUGAUAAAAGAUGGAGCACACAAUGGUUAUUCUUAGCAAUUUCUGAGGUAACUGUACAUGUUUUUGUAUUUAGUGUGCUAGAUGGUGGGAAGCAUUUAUAUUCUCUAAAGAUAGCUUUUUUGUUGCUGAGGUUCAUUGCUUAUGAUCAUGUGUCAUCAUACAGGCGAAAAAGUCGUUCUAUUUCACCAAGAGGUCACAGAAGUCCUUCUACUACUCCAAGACGUCGUAGAAGCCGAACUCCAUCUGCUAAACGAUACAGAAGACAUAGAAGUAGGAGUUCCUCGUUGUCUCCUACUCGUAAAUCUUCCAGUCCAAGUCUUGGGUCAGUAGAGCACAAAAGUGCCACUGAAAAACUAAAGAAAGAAGAAGAGAAGAAAAGGCGUCAACUAGAAGCAGAGUUGAAAUUAAUAGAAGAAGAGACUGCAAAGAGAGUUGAAGAAGCAAUCCGUAAGAGAGUUGAAGAAAGCUUGAAAUCUGAGGAGGUUCAGGUGGAGAUUGAAAGGCGGUUGGAAGAGGGACGGAAGAGACUUAAUGAUGAAGUUGCAGCUCAACUUGAAAAAGAAAAGGAAGCUGCUAUUAUUGAGGCUAAACAGAAGGAGGAGCAAGCCCGUAAAGAGAAAGAAGAUCUUGAAAGGAUGCUUGAGGAGAACCGGAGGAAGGUUGAAGAAGCUCAGAGAAGGGAAGCUUUAGAGCAGCAAAGAAGGGAGGAAGAAAGAUAUAAAGAGCUAGAAGAGAUGCAAAGACAGAAGGAAGAAGCCAUGCGAAGGAAGAAACACGAGGAGGAGCAAGAACGUCUAAACCAAAUAAAGUUGUUGGGUAAAAACAAAUCCCGACCAAAAUUGUCAUUUGCUCUUGGAUCCAAAUGACCAUGGGCUUCGGCAACAUGUGUCUAUUUAUUUAGUCUAAAGUGUGUAUGGGCUUAAUUUAAUUCCCUAUUUGUGUCUGUAAUUUGAGGAAAUUAUACAGCCCUCCUCAGCUAUAGUGUGACAGCGUUGUUACUGUUUCCAGUUUGCAUUAGAUUUCAUUGUUUGUCAUUGCCACAAAAUUCUCCAUUUACGCGUCCAUGGUUAUCAUACUUUCGCCUUAACAUCACAAACUUGAGUAGUGA